CAGGAGCUCAAGGGGCCAAGAGACCAUGGCUGGUCCCGGGACUCCUAAAAGGGAACCUGGGGUGGUUGAACUCCGGUGCUUGGGGAACAGGUCGAGGCUGAAAGGGCGUACUACAGACCCCACGGGAGCCAUGACUUGGGCAAAGGAAAACUCAGGGUAAGGACCCGGGGGACUCGGAAGGGAAAACUCAGGGGAUCCGGAGCGAAGCCAGAGACAUGAAACCAGGACAGGAAACCAUUACCAGAAAGCGACCUGGAAUCCAGGGGGCACAGGGUCUGCGCCCAGGGAGUAAAAGGGGUUGCAUGCCCAGCAUGGGGGCAGUUGUCAAUGCCCGAGUCGGCCCGAGCUCAGGCCGACUCCAGGGACUGGGAGCAGGGGUGCGUCUGGUCGCUCACGCUUCUCUUCUCAGCUGCUCCGCGGUUGGAAAAGGACCUGUGUUGUGAGAGCCCGGCAACUACUGGGUCAGAUGGCCGCUGUGAGAGUGCCAGGGCCAAGGUUGGAAGCCCAGCGCGGCAGGACAGGCAGGCGGAGCCCUCCCUCCAUGGAGUUCGGGCUGCUCAGCGAGGCAGAGGCCCGGAGCCCUGCCCUGUCGCUGUCAGACGCAGGCACCCCACACCCUCCGCUGCCAGAUCACGGCUGCAAGGGCCAAGAGCAUAGUGACUCAGAGAAGGCUUCGGCCUCGCUGCCGGGUGGCUCCCCCGAGGACGGCUCGCUGAAGAAGAAGCAGCGGCGGCAGCGCACUCACUUCACCAGCCAACAGCUGCAGGAAUUGGAGGCAACCUUCCAGAGGAACCGCUACCCUGACAUGAGCACGCGCGAAGAGAUCGCCGUGUGGACCAACCUCACGGAGGCCCGUGUGCGGGUGUGGUUCAAGAACCGGCGCGCCAAGUGGCGGAAGCGCGAGCGCAGCCAGCAGGCUGAGCUGUGCAAGGGCGGCUUCGCAGCGCCGCUCGGGGGGCUGGUGCCGCCCUACGAGGAGGUGUACCCCGGAUACUCAUAUGGCAACUGGCCACCCAAGGCGCUCGCCCCGCCGCUCGCCGCCAAGACCUUCCCGUUCGCCUUCAACUCGGUCAACGUGGGGCCUUUAGCUUCGCAGCCCGUCUUCUCGCCACCCAGCUCCAUCGCUGCCUCCAUGGUGCCCUCGGCCGCCGCUGCCCCGGGCACUGUGCCGGGGCCCGGGGCCUUACAAGGCCUGGGAGGGGCACCCCCGGGGCUGGCUCCGGCCGCCGUGUCCUCUGGGGCAGUGUCCUGCCCUUACGCCUCGGCGGCCGCAGCAGCCGCUGCAGCCGCCUCGUCCCCCUAUGUAUAUCGGGACCCAUGUAACUCGAGCCUGGCCAGCCUGCGGCUCAAAGCCAAACAGCACGCCUCUUUCAGCUACCCUGCGGUUCCCGGGCCACCCCCGGCCGCCAACCUGAGUCCCUGCCAGUACGCUGUGGAACGGCCGGUAUGAGAGGCGGGCCCGUGGAUCAUCCCCGAGGGCGGGGCAAUACUUCACAACCUCCCCGGACUGGGGUCGUCUUGACUGGCUUGCCCUCACCCCAGGGUCUGAGAGGGGUGUUUGGGCAGCUGGGGGGGCGGCAGGCUUAGAAGACGGCCUUCCCUUCCCAUCCCUGAGAGGUGGCAUGAGCCCUACACCCAGACCGGCCCCCUGGGAUUAAGGCCAGGAACAGGGACCAGCUCCCCGGGGGCCAACUCACCCUCGGCCCAUCCCACCUUCCCCAGACCCCCUUAGCCGGUUUUCAAAGAUCAAUGAAAUAAACAUGCGCGGACUGUCAAAGGCCUGAUGAUUGAGAGUUGCGGUUGAACCCUCUUUCAUUCUUCUCCCCCCAUUGUCUAAAGGAAAGCUGGAUGUACAGCCACGAGGUGAGGGUCCAGGCUUCUAGGGCUCAGUUCCACUCACUCCCAUCCUCCAAGAUGGGGAAGCCAGGAGUCCUGAAGCAAAAGGGUGCACGAAGGCGUGGAGCUUGGGGAACCAGCUACUUGACUGCAUCGGCCAAAGCUGGUGCUGCGGCGCCACCUGGUGGUCUCAGGGAGGACAGCUGGUAGGUUCUCGUCUCGAAUCCUUACUUGCAGGGACCAAUUUUGCAACUUAGGAAGCCUAUAACUUUAGCUAAGUUACUCCGCCUUUCUGCACCUGUUUCUCAUUGUUUCUAUGAGGCGCGUGGGCCUCUAACAGCAAUAAAAUUCUGAUCUGUAACAGACAUUUAUUAAG